GCCGUAGUGCCCACGGUCUGUUAUUUAUGCGGCUACAUUUUCUUGCUUAUCAUGCGGGAAAUUAAUAAACCAACUUCCGGAAUGUUUAUCUGCUCUUUUCCCGACUGCUGGGCGUCCUACGAUAAAGAGUGGAAGCUUGAGGCUCAUCUGUGUAAACACACCGGAGUGAGGCCCUUUGAGUGCAAAUAUGCUGGAUGCAUCAAAUCGUUCUGCACUAAAUCUCAUCUCGCUCGUCAUGAGCUCACUCACACCGGAGAGAAACCCUUCAGCUGCAGUGAAGACGGCUGCACAGAAAGUUUCACCACAAACUUUAACCUGAGGAAACACAUUUCACGUAAACACCAACAGGAUGUGAAUCUGUACAUCUGUACGUUUGAAGGAUGUGGCAAAAGCUUCAAGAAGAACAACCUGCUGAAGACUCACGAAAGCACGCACACAAACCAGCUCCCAUAUGAAUGUACACAUGAGGGCUGCGAGAGACGCUUUGCGAAUCCCAGCAAAAGAAAACGUCAUGAGAAAGUGCACAAGGGUUACACGUGUCCAGCUGAGGAUUGCUCAUUUGUUGCAAAGACGUGGACUGAACUCACCAAGCACAGGAAAGAGCAUAAAGUGAGGGUGCAGUGUGACGAGUGUAAGAAGACAUUCAGGGAUCGGUGGUUCCUGAAACAGCACCAGCGCGUUCACUCUGAAGCUCGGGUCGUGUUCCUGUGUCCGAGAGAUGGGUGUAAGCGUUCCUACACCACCGCCUUCAACCUGCAGAGCCACAUCCUGUCCUUCCAUGAGCAGCAGCGAACAUUCAGCUGCACUGAGCCCGGCUGCACCAAAACCUUCUCCAUGAAGCAAAGUUUACAGCGUCACGCUGUGGUUCAUGACCCUGAGAGAAAGAAACAGAAGAAACCCCGUCCAACACGAUCACUGGCAUCUCAUCUGAGUGGCUACAAAAUGGCAAAAAAAUGCCGGUCAGAAACACCAGACCUCAGCGAAUCUCCUCCGGUGAUCUCAUCAGAACCUGUCAAGAAUGAUGUAACGAGCCCAGCCAUGUCUGAUGCUGAAAUCGUCCAAUAAGAGCAAGUGACGUCUGAAACCUGUGUUCUCGUAUUAGAGCCACUUGUGGCAGAGUCCCACAGCCAAUCAGAAGUCAGUGAAUUUCAUAACGUUGUAGAAACUAGCCAAUCACAACAACAAGUCUCUUGCUAUGGUAGCGACCAGCCAAUGAGAAUCAAAUCGUUAGCUGUGUCCCCAUUCACAUUUGUGACAUCUGACAGCCUGAUAACGACCAAUCGGAUUCCAGUAAAAUAAAAUGUGUCUAUCAGAUUUUAAGAAAAUUAGUCACAUCUACAAAACUUAGUAUUUGCUCAUUACUUAAACUACCCCAGAGUAGGGUAAACAGCAGGUUACUGUAAAAAUGUGUUGAGAAAACGUCUGAAAAAAGGUCACUGCUAAAAUGUGGACCUCAAAACAAGUUAUUUAGGAAGUUUGUUCGGAUUUGGAUCCCUUCAGGUUCCAUCCUGAUCCCAGUUGACUUUUUUUUUUUGUAUUCAUCGACACCACCCAAGUGUGUGUUUUGUGUAAAAAGCUGUUUUAUUGUCAUCACAUCAAUGCUGCGGAGACUCUUUGUUCCGCUCUGAUGGAGAACCGUCCGGUUCCUGGUUUGAUUUGGGAGUGUUGGAGGGAGUCUGUGCUGUGGGUCGCAUCCCCUGAGCCUGCAGCUCUUUAGCAGAUGGAGGACGCAGGACGCAGCUGGCUGCUCGACCCUCCCGGAUGAGUUGGGGUUUGUUGACGAAGCCAAGGGGAGCCGUUAUUCUCCCGACCAUCUCAUCCAGAACCAAAUCCUGUGACCAAGGAGAGAGACGAUCACCUGAGCGUGUGCUGACUUUACACUUUCACAUCACAGAUUGAGAGUGUUACGGGACACCUUUACCUGGAACUAGCUAGCAAACUGAACUACCUAGCUCACUACACGGUUUCAAAAGUUAGUCAAUUUGCCUUUGUACUGUAAUGUUUGAUUUUGUUUUCAUUUUUUUAACAUUUGACUAUACAAACUUAUCUAAGCAUUGUGUUGUUACUGGUUCUGUCCUAAAUGGCAGCAUGAUCAGCUUUGUUUUCAACCUGUAAAUGAGUUUGUCUUUAAAAAUGGCCUAAGCUAGAAUCAAAAUUCUUGUCAUUUUGAUUAACACAUUAAAAAUAACCCCAUGAUCAAU